GGGCGAGCUCCGCUCCUGGUGGGAAGUCCCGGCCAUCGCUCACUUCUGCUCCCUCUUCCGCACCGCUUUCCGUCUGCCCGACUUCGAGAUAGAGGAACUGGAAGCUGCUCUUCACAGGGAUGAUGUGGAGUUUAUCAGUGACCUGAUUGCCUGCCUCCUUCAGGGUUGCUAUCAGCGCAGAGACAUCACGUCACAGACGUUUCACAGCUACCUUGAGGACAUUAUCAACUACCGCUGGGAGCUGGAGGAAGGGAAACCCAACCCCCUACGGGAAUCCACUUUCCAGGAGCUGCCGCUGCGCACCCGCGUGGAGAUCCUGCACCGCCUCUGCGAUUACCGGCUUGAUGCAGAUGACGUCUUCAACCUCCUCAAGGGUUUGGAUGCAGACAGCCUCCGUGUAGAACCACUGGGUGAGGAUAGUAAUGGCGCCCUCUAUUGGUAUUUCUAUGGCACUCGUAUGUACAAAGAAGAGCCAGUGCAGGGGAAAUCAAAUGGAGAGCUGGCUUCAGACAGGGGAAGUGGGGGCCAGACAAACACCCCAAAUGUUCCUGGGAAAACAGGCAAGAGACGAGGGCGACCCCCAAAACGGAAGAAACUGCUGGAGGAGAAUCUGUUGCUGGAGAAGGCUGAAGAGAACUCGCUUGUGCAUGAGACGCAGAUGAAAAAUGGGUCCCAGGGACCAGGCCGUGGGACAUGGUGGCUGCUGUGUCAGACAGAAGAGGAGUGGAGACAAGUCACAGAGAGCUUCAGAGAGAGAACCUCCCUAAGAGAACGGCAGCUCUACAAACUCCUGAGUGAAGACUUCCUGCCUGAGAUUUGCAACAUGAUUGCCCAGAAGGAGAAGCGUCUGCAGCACACGGAGUUUUCGCCCAGGUGGAUGUCUGAUCGUCAGCCCAUUAAACCAAUCCAGCAGGAGGCGACUCCAAGUGUGCUCAGCAGGAUGGAGAAGCAAAGGCGCAGGGAGGAAGAGGAGGAGCGCCAAAUCCUCCUGGCAGUGCAGAAGAAGGAGCAGGAACAGCUGCUAAAGGAGGAGAGGAAGAGGGAGAUGGAGGAGAAGGUCAAAGCAGUGGAAGAACGAGCCAGGAGGAGGAAGCUCCGGGAAGAACGGGCUUGGCUUCUGGCCCAGGGGAAGGAGCUUCCCCCAGAACUUUCCCACUUGGAUCCCAGUUCUCCUGCUAGGGAGGAAAGGAAGACCAAGGAUCUCUUUGAACUGGAUGAUGAGUUCACCGCCAUGUACAAAGUUCUAGAUGUGGUAAAGGCUCACAAGGACUCUUGGCCCUUCUUGGAACCAGUUGAUGAAUCAUAUGCUCCAAACUACUACCAGAUCAUUAAGGCUCCCAUGGACAUUUCUAGCAUGGAGAAGAAGCUGAAUGGAGGUCAGUACUGCACUAAGGAGGAGUUUGUGGGUGACAUGAAGACCAUGUUCAGGAACUGCCUAAAAUACAAUGGUGAAGGCAGCGAAUACACCAAGAUGGCAUACAACUUGGAGAGAUGCUUCCACCGGGCAAUGAUGAAGCACUUCCCUGGUGAAGAUGGGGACACGGAUGAGGAGUUCUGGAUCAGAGUGGAUGGGAAACGGGAGAAGAGGAGCCGUCGGACCGGGCGCUCCAGCACUGGCAAUGUUUGGACCCGAUCUAGAGACCCUGAGGGAUCAGGCAGGAGACAGCAACACCUGGAGAAUGGAGGGAAACCACCACCAUUCCGGGCUACUCCCCGGGCUCCUGUUUCCUCCUCAUCUUCCUCCUCUGCAGAGGAACCAAGUGGCAGCACAAUGCAACCCCCUCGGGAGGUGGGCGCUUCCAACGGCCAAGGCUUCCCUCGCCCACUGCAUUAUGGUGGAAUGCCCAGCCAGGUGCCACACCCUGGCCAGAUGCGGCCAACAGUGCCAGGAACAUUUGGCCCUCUGCGGGGAUCAGAUCCAGCUAAACUGUACGGAUCACCGCGAGUACCAGAACCCCACCCUGGAGAUCCAGUUCAGCAGCACCAGCACUUUGCCAUGCAGUCUACCGUCGGACUGAAUGAACACAGAGGACACAGAUUGGCUGCACCAGAGAAGCAGGUGUGUGCAGGGCCAACACAUGUCUCUGCACUGGGGCCACGGCCUGGAUCCCUGCAGUUUGGGCGGAUGAGUGGCCCUCCCCCAGAUGCCAGUAUGUACCCCCCAGUGCAGUUCCAGCAAGGAUUUAUUCCUCCAAGGCACAAUGGACCUCAAAUGAGACCACCUGAGAGCUCAGAGGUCCCCCCAGGCCAUAUGUAUAGACCAUAUAAAUAUCUAAAUCGAGCGCAUCCUGCUGCAUGGAAUGGAAGCCACAGUGCAACAAACCAGACCUCCCUGGGCCCAGACGAGAAGCCCCCGUUGAGCACAGGACCUUCUUUGCAGUCUCGUGCUCUUAGUCACAUGAUGGACCCUCGGGCAAUAAGACCACCUCUGCCUCCCAGCCAGUGGACUGAGCAAUCAAAUUUCCUACCUCAUGGGGUCCCUGCCUCAGGAUACAUCAGACCACCUGGUAAAGCCACCGGUCAGAGAAUGCAGCAGCCUCCAGCCUCUGUGUUUGGGGGACCCCCUCAAGUUCAGAGAGGAUGCCAAGGUGGGGAUUCCAUGAUGGACAGUCCAGAGAUGAUCGCCAUCCAGCAGCUGUCAUCUCGCGUGUGCCCACCGGGUGUGCCUUACCACCCCCGUCAGCCUCCUCCCCCGCAUCUGCCUGGCCCCUUCCCACAGCUGGCCCAUGUCGCAUCAGCAAAUGUGCAGCCUCCGAAACCGGUCUUGGGUAACGGAAACUCUCAGGAUGCCAGUCAGACAGUGGAGCCAGAAAGCAACCGAGUGGAGCCCCCACCUGGAGUAGAAGAGAAGGCUCAGUGCAUCAGUGUUCCAGAAGGGACGUACCCUAAACUGCUACCUCAUUCCAACCCCCCCUUACAGAUGGACUGCACCAGACGGAGCUUGCCGCGGGACGGGGAGGGAGAUGACUCUGGAACUAAAAAUGACCCGAAGGCAAUGCAGAGCAAGAAUGCCUGGCCGGCACAGAGCACCUACGCUGGCCCGCCAGGCCAGGCGUGCGUGAGAGACCUUGUGACAGCACCUGAGAGAGGGCCUGGGCCUGAAAAUGGGGCUGUAGGUGAAGGACCCUCCAGUGGCAAUGAGGGGAAAGGACUGGCUGUUAACAUCUUGGAGAAGCCCCUUUGUCCUGGGGGGAAGACUUUGUCAGAGGUCGCUGUGCCUUGUAUGGGACAGAGCACCAGUACUCCUGGUGUGGAUGGAGGCUCAGUGGGGGGGGCUCCAAGCCAGUUUCCCCCUCUCUACAUGCCUGGUUUGGAGUAUCCAAAUUCGGCCACACGUUACCAUAUCAAUCCAGGACUGCAGGGGUUCAGCCCUAUGAUGGGAGGGAAGCCUCCCUCUGUGUCCCAUCCACAGCAUUUCCCCACUCGGGGCUUUCAGCAUAGUAACACCCAUCCCGGUGUCUUUCCUCGGUAUCGCCCCCAUCAGGGGGUGCCAUAUCCCUAUCAGCCACAACCUCCACCUUCCUACCACCACUACCAGCGACCUCCAUACUACACUUGUCCACAAGGCUACUCAGACUGGCAAAGGCCUCUCCACCCCCAGGCCAACCCUGGUGGGCAUCCGCCCGCCCACCCACCUCUGGCCAGGCCUUCUUUCUCAGACAGGGGGAAUGUGGGUAGUCUGCAGGGCUGCGAGGCAUUCAGCACUGCCCUGGCGUCCCCAAACCGAAUGGACAUGGCAAGCGCCAAAGAGGUUCCUCCAGGCGAUGGGCAGGAGCCAGGGCCUGAAGAUGAGAAGUCAGACGAAUCCCAGGAGAGGCCAGAGAGUCCCAAAGAGUUUCUUGAUUUGGACAACCAUAAUGCAGCCACCAAGAGGCAGAGCUCGGUGGCAGCAGGGGAGUUCCUAUAUGGGGCUCUCCCCCCGCCUCUGAGUUCUGGGAUCGGAUUUGGUCCAUCAGCUUUCCCUCCCCAUGGGGUGAUGCUGCAGACAGGGUCUCCUUAUGCAUCUCGGCAUCCAGCCAGUCAUUUCCAGCACAGGACCUAUGGAUCACCAGUGAACACUCACCUGUCUCGUCAUCCAGCCACCAGCCAAGCCAAUGGCCUCACUCAGGAGGGACCCCUGUACCGCUGCCGGGAAGAGAACAUGGGUCACUUUCAGGCCCUACUGAUGGAGCAGAGAGGCAGCGGAGGUGGCAUGGGGGCGGCCCAGGACAUGUACAGACCACCGGGAAUGCAAAUACACCAGACCCAAGCACCCUUCGCAAAGGUGCCUACAGCAACCACGUCCCGGGAGGAGCUGCCACCACAAAAACCAUCAGCAUUGCCUCUGGAUCAAAGCUAGUCCAAGGAAGGAAGAACCCCCAAGGAGAUGAAAGCCACACGUGAUUUGGACAUGGGGGAAGGAGGACAUAGGCCUCCUACCUUCCCCCUCUCCCCAGCGGCAUGUAGCUUCCAGGGUCCAGUGGAACACACUGCCUUGAUGGCUCUUGUGUGUGUUUAAACAUGGGAUAGUCCUGGGUCCCUGGCUACUGGCUGUGUGGCUGAUCUCAACAGCGCAGAGGAUGUAUCUCAAACUAGUGGCUUGUCAUGACUGGAGAGUGUGUCUCAUUCAGGGUUUGGGUUGGGAGGGGGAGAUCGAAACUGUCAUGAACUGCUAAACUCAGGUAUAUUUUUCAGGGUGGAAGAGGGACGACGAUGGAAUUUACUUGUAGUAUUAACGUGUGUGUUUGGAGCUGGAUCCAGUUUACAGAAUUUACCUGUUGCCUUUUUUAAUAAAUUUCUGUUGUUGGUGAAUGUAUUGUACAUAAUGGGGGAGGGAUGGGACCCAGCUUGUAGUGGACGUAGCACUGGGGUGAUCCUUAACUGUUUACAAUCAUGUCACACACAAAUCUUUCAGGGCAGGGCAGCGGGGGAGAUGGGAACUUUGCAACUUUCUAUUCCUCCCCUUCCUUCCAGUCCUCUAGAGCUAAGACACGACCCUGUAAUUGAUCACGGGGACUGCUCAGGAGCAAAGCAUGGCACUCUCCUCUUCCACGCAGUAGUUGAGUGCACUUCCACCUCCUGCCAUCAUGGGGAACAAGGAAACCAGGACCAGGAACUGAAAGUCUCUCAUAGCAUUGUCCUCUUAGGCAUUUCUGGUAUGAGUCAUCUGGGUACCAGCAAGUGGCUAAUUAUUCAUUUGUACCGUAGUCCUCUUUAGGUGAAGCCAAUGCAGUUUGGAGGAAGAAACAUGGAGUGGUAUCAUGGAGUUGUUGUCUUUAUUGGAACAAGUAAUUGUGCUAGCAUAUAAUACCCUUUAGAAAGGAGACAGGAAUAGAGAUAUCCCCGGUUUUCUCUCAGUGUAACUUGACUAUUGUCAUCUUUGGUGAAAGCAAAGCAGAAAUAGAGUCCCUCUUAAAUUCUGAGAACUCCCUAUUUCAUGUGAAAUAGGAAAUGGAGCUGCUUUAGGGAGGGUCUGUCUGAUGCAACGCAAACAAGUUGUCAACCUGUGACACCAGCUUUGGACGUUUUGUAAAUUAGUAGAUAAAUGUGAAUCAGAAAUUAUUUCUUCUAGCUAGAGUGGUUAAGGGGCACAGUGGAGGUUGUGGAGUGGGGCAAGAAUGCCUCGGGUUAAUGCACUAGUCUUUCCUGCUAGAACUUACGUUUAAAUCUAGCUUUGAUUACAAAUUAAAUGAGUUUGGUGGGGUCUUAUCCUUGCCCGUUAGAAGCAGAUACUUGUCCACAUUGUAAAGCCACCAAGCAGGCACAACUGUGAGCCUUGGAGACAGGACUAGGUCUGUGGGGCGAGAAGGGAAGGUGUUGCUACAUUGGUGGCCUGACGGUGUUGGUAUAAGGCAUGCUGCUGGAUAGGACUGUGAUGCAUCAGCAGAGCUGCAUGUAGUAUCCCUGCCCAGCACCUGUGACACUCCUGUUACUUCUUUUAUCCACAGCUUUUGUGAGCUUCAGAAACUUGCUGGAUUAAAAACAACAAUUCUUGAAGCUGUCCGGAUGAGGAAAGAAAAAUGUUUUAGUGUAUGCCACACUUCCUAGUAACUCUGGCUGGUCGGCUGCUGUGAUACUGUUUACCUCUAGUAGUGUUUUGUCGGGUUCCAGGCAUUUUCCUAACUCUGGGCCCACAAACUUAACAGGAGUUUAAGCAUCAGUGUACUCUGCUACCCAGACACACACACUUGCAGUGGUAUUCACACUAGAAUCAAAUAGGCAUUGAGUGGCAAGUGUGUUUCUAAAAUGCAACUCUUCUUACUCCAUGUUGAAGUCAACCUGUGAAUUGUCUGCCCUCUGCUUAUAGCAGUGCCCUGAUUAUUUGGCUUAUGCCCAACCCCAAGCCCUCAUACAACUCAGAGGAAAAUUAGUAUAAAUUAUUUGAAUAUCUAAUUACAUAGAACAUCACGUUAGUAAAGUGUCAGUUUUAAUUAGUCUUUAUUCUGUUCAGCAGACAGGGAGCAGCUAUCCUUGGCAGUGUGGUAUAGGCUAGGACAGGGGUUCUCAACCUUUUUCUUUCGGAGCCCCCCUCCUCCCCAACAUGCUAUAAACACUC